AUGGAAUCACUCGGUAUUUCACCAAACGUCAUCCAGCAGUACGCCAGUAUUAUGGGCGAAACGCUCGCUAUAAUGCAUUGGGUUGGCGAAAUUGAUGGAAAUGAUAUCGAGUUUGUUCUCGCACCUCCUAAUGAGGAAGAUGAUGCAUCAUCUCAAAUACAGUCUUAUACCUUUGGGGACCACUCAGAGUGGAGCAAGCAGUUGCAGCCUUUUGGGGCAAUGAUCCUUACUACCCUCGACCAGGAAAAGACCCUUUGGUCUGGACUGCGUUUCAAGGACACUAUAUUAAAACCAGUGAUGCUUGUUUUGCGUUUUGCGAGCCGCAAGAAGCAGACCGACGACGCGUUUUGUCACGGCGCUUCAUUGAUUUAG